AAAAAAAUGAAAGUGUAAAACAGAGACAUAAAGAUCCUUGAUGAGUCUCAAAUUGAGUCUAUUACCUCCUUGCUAGGGGCCCAGACCACAGCCAGAGUCCCAACAGGAGAGGGAGAGGCCUACAAAAGUGCUCUUACUAUGGCACUGGAGAUUCUGAAAGAGAGAGCAAACUUGGGUGCAGCAAGGGCAUCCGAUGAUCCAGAGACCCCUACGAUGUCUCAAAAGGGACCCCAGAAGCGAUCUCAUAAAAAGUUUCCAAAGCCCAAAGAGAACUCACAGAGAAGUCUCAGGAAAAGUAAAAACCCCAAGUCAUUGUUGGUAGGUUCAGAGGGUGAGGAUGCCCCCGAAGGUGACAAAUCCCAGGUGCACACCCCCCUCACUCCUGCUCCAAAGAGAAGGCGAGGGAGGCCCCCACAGAGCCGCAGCAUGUGCCCCAACUUCCCACCAAUUUCAGAAGAUGAGCAUGAGACAGAGGGCCAGGCAAAGACAGGCACCUCAAGAGCUCGUUCCAGGCAUGUCACAACCAAGGAGGAAGUUGCAGGUGCUCAAGAGGGAGGCAUCCUUCCUUUUCAGCCACCUAGUUUGAGCGUCACUGUGCCCAAGGCCCGGAAAAGAAAGGCACCACGCGGCACCUGCCGGAAGACCCUGGCUGUCUCCUCUGAAGGCCCUCCCUCCUCCGGGAGCAUUGAAGACCCUGAAGAAGGUGUCCAAGCGUCAGGCUCAGAAGGGGCAGCGCCAUCCUGCAGCGCCCCUAAGCCCAGUCCGCGUUUUUCAUCCUGUUUAGCAGGCAAAGUAAGGAAGCAGUGGGGACCCGUGUUUAAGAAAGAACGGAAAAAACGGCAGCCUUCAGUUGACUCCAAGGCUGUUCACCCAACAACCACUCUUAAGAAGAAGGUCACCAAGGGAAUGGGACAAGCGACAAGCAUGGCCUUCCCACAGGAGCAGUGUCCCAUUGAAACAGGAAUGAUGGUCUGGUUUAAAUUUCAAAAUCACCCGUUUUGGCCAGCAGUAGUCAAGAGUGUGAACCACACAGAGCGGACGGCCAGGGUGCUUCCGAUUGAGGCAGACAUGCACCAUGACCAGAGGGGCCUUCAAGUGCCUCUUCGGAGAUUAAAGCACCUGGAAUGCAAAGCAAAGGAGAAGCUGCUGAAGAGAGCCAGGAAGGUGUAUGAGCAGAGCGUGGACUGGUGCUUCUCCCUGAUUUCUCACUACAGAGAAGGGCUCGCUCAGGGGUCUUUUGCAGGCUCUUUCCUCCCCUACUAUGCUGCCGACAUCAGCUACCCACUGAGGAGAGCCGUCCAAGAGGGGGAGCUGUACAUUGCCUUCCCAAAGGUGAAUUACGCAGACCUGGAAGAUUCUGAGGAGGAGAGCUCCCCGGAUGGGAGGAGGCCCCGCAAGAAGAUCCUCCCUGACCGCAUGAAGGCCGCUUGGGACCGAGACAACCAGAAGCUCGUGGACUUCAUCGUGAAAAGGAAGGGGGCCGACCACCACCUUCUGGACAUCCUCAAAGGCAGGAAGCAGUCCAAGUGGCUGACGUCCUUUCUGAAUUCAAGCAGGUACGUGAUCUGCGUUGAAACCUACCUGGAGGAUGAAGACCAGUUGGAUGUUGUGAUGCAGCAUCUACAGGAGAUCUACAAGCACAUAGACAAGAACAAGUUGAGUCUGACCAGAGAUGACAAAGUGAGUAGAAGGCAGAAGAAAAGUACCUUCAAGGGCCCCCUGUGCAUUACCGGGAAAAAGAACUCUUUGAUAAAAAUAUCUUGA